AUGUCCAAACGAACUGCGGACGCCUCCGAAGAAGAAUCCGCCGCUCUCAAAGCUGGCCAACGCCCUCUCUCCGAAGCCCCGCCCGACGAGAUUGGAGAAUUCGAAGAUGAAUUCGAAGACGAGUUCGAAAGCGAAGAUGAAAUCAUAGAGGCUGGUGUUGACGGGCGUCCAGAUGAAGAGCGAGAGGCAGAGGAAAGAGAUCAGAUGGACGUGGAUCAAGAAACAUUUAUUCCAGGAAGGACGAAAUUGGCGCCUGGCGAGACAUUGGCACCUGAUCCUUCUACAUAUGAUAUGCUACAUACUCUCAGCAUGCCGUGGCCUUGCCUUUCGUUUGAUAUCGUUCGUGAUAAUUUGGGAGACAACCGAAAAACUUACCCAGCCACUGCUUAUGCCGUGACUGGUACACAAGCCGAAGGGCCACGGACAAAGGAUAAUGAGUUGAUGGUUCUUAAACUUUCUGGGCUCGGCCGCAUGGAACGAGAGAACGAGGCCGAUUCAGAGAGCGACUCGGAUUCGGACGAUGAUUCAUCGGACCCAAUUCUCGAGUCCAAGACGAUACCAUUGGGGUCGACAACAAACCGUAUUAGAGCCCAUCAGACCCCUAACUCUUCAGGUGACUUGACAAAACCACCACAGACGAUAACGGCGACUAUGCUUGAAAACUCACAAGUCGUUAUACACGACGUGACACCGUAUCUUACAAGCUUCGAUGUUCCGGGCUCUAUCAUCCCUCCAUCCGCCUCGAAACCUAUUUCCACUCUUCGGAUGCAUAAAUCAGAAGGUUAUGCACUGGAUUGGUCGCCAUUACAGCCUCUGGGCAAAUUGCUUACAGGUGAUAACGACGGUCUAAUAUACGUUACUACCAGGACAGAAGGCGGUGGCUGGGUUACAGAUUCGAGAGCGUUCGUGGGCCAUACAUCAUCUAUCGAGGAGCUGCAGUGGUCUCCGAAUGAGAAGAAUGUUUUUGCUUCUGCUAGUAGUGACGGAUCGGUUAAAGUCUGGGACGUGCGCUCCAAGUCUCGCAAACCUGCGGUCGACGUCAAGAUUUCCAACACCGAUAUCAAUGUUAUGAGUUGGUCCAAUCAAACAUUCCAUCUUUUGGCUACUGGUGAUGAUGCCGGUCAAUGGGGGGUCUGGGAUCUCCGACACUGGAAGCCCAGCACAACACAAACCAGACCUUCAGCCGUGGCAUCGUUUGACUUCCACAAGGAACCUAUUACAAGUAUCGAAUGGCAUCCCAGUGAUGACAGUGUUGUUGCAGUGGCCUCGGCGGACAGCACCAUAACUCUAUGGGAUCUUGCUGUCGAACUUGAUGAUGAAGAAAGUCGCGAUGCCGGUCUGAGCGAGAUUCCUCCCCAGUUGCUUUUUGUGCAUUAUAUGGAUUCUGUCAAGGAGCUGCAUUGGCAAGCCCAGAUGCCAGGAACGGUGAUGGCGACUGGAGCUGGAGGCUUUGGUGUCUUCAAGACCAUCAGUGUUUGA